CGCUGGCAGGAACGGUUACAGGAGUUUGAUUUCACUUGUGAAUACCGGCCUGGAAAACGACAUGGUAACGCCGACUCUCUCUCUCGCCUGCCCGAUUGCGAGAACACACUGAAUGUGUUACUCGGUGCUGCAGCUGACACCGACUGGGCCUCCCUGCAAGCGGCGGACACAACGAUACAGCCCAUUUAUUUACGUCAACAGCAUGGGAACGAUAAACCGACGUCCAAAGAACUACGGGAUUUACCAGCAGCCACGCGGUGCAUCUGCGAGAAGUGGGGUUUACUACGACUUAUAGAUAAUGUUCUUUACAUAGUGGAACCAAAUGCCAACCCCCGACUCCUCGUCCCAACUGUUAAAGUACCCGAGCUUAUUAGUCAGGUGCAUCAUCAACUGGGACACGCUGGCCAACAGAAAACUGAACACGCCAUCCGUCAACGCUUCUGGUGGCCACUUAUACACCAUGAUGUUAUGGAGUUUUGCCGCAAUUGCGCUAUAUGUGCGCAGAUCAAACAGCCUAAGCCAACUCCCCGAGCACCCCUAGUACCUAUGCUGACCGAAGCCCCUAAUCAUCGAGUUGGAGUCGACAUCAUUGGGCCAGUACCAACAUCGAGACGCGGGAAUCGUUAUAUACUUGUCAUGGUCGACUAUUUCACCAAGUGGUGCGAAGCAGUCCCCUUGCAGCAACAAGAUGCCCUGACGAUCGGGCGAGCUUUCAUCGACAACUGGGUGUCCCGUUUUGGUGCCCCUCUUUAUCUACACUCUGAUCAAGGCGCUGCUUUCGAGAGUCUUCUUAUCUCUCACAUCUGCAAUGCUUUCGGCAUUCGAAAGACCCAUACUACGCCUUAUCAUCCACAAGGGAAUGGACUGGUGGAACGCACCAACCGAACCAUCAAGCAUCUUCUUCGUGCCUUUUUGCACAACGCACCGGAGAACACCUGGGACGAUGUCCUGCCUCAAUGCUUGCUUGCAUACCGCUCCUCCGUGCAUUCGUCGACCGGAUUUUCCCCGGCUCUACUCUUGUUUGGGCAUGAACUUCGCCUUCCUGUUGAGAUCCGGACACCGUUGCUACCAUACGAGAAGAUCGACUGUAUUCCCUACGUCCGCAACCUUCGUCACCACCUCGACACAGCCUACAACCUAACACGUCGACAUCUGCAGUCUUCUUCGCAGCAUCAGAAAAGCAACUAUGAUCGGUUUGCCCACGGACCAACCUAUUCCCCGGGUGACUACGUCUGGCUUCAUCGGCCGUCAGUCCCUGCCGGUUCGUGCCCCAAGUUCUACGCCCCCUGGAAAGGCCCAUAUGAAAUCGUACAACACCGACCUCCAACUACAUAUGUCCUGCGGAACUUGCGACGCCCCCAGGAAAAUCUCAUCUCAGCACAUUACAACCAGCUGAAACCACACUGUCCACCAGCUGUCAAAGAACCGUCGACAUCUUCGCAACCGCCACCAGCUACGACCUACUUCGAGGUGCCCACUGAUGGAGGUCGGUGUUGUACGAUUUCAUAUGGGCCUUUCCAGGGGGCGUAGAACUUGGGGCACGAACCGGCAGGGACUGACGGCCGAUGGAGCCAGACGUAGUCACCCGGGGAAUAGGUUGGUCCGUGGGCAAACCGAUCAUAGUUGCUUUUCUGAUGCUGCGAAGAAGACUGCAGAUGUCGACGUGUUAGGUUGUAGGCUGUGUCGAGGUGGUGACGAAGGUUGCGGACGUAGGGAAUACAGUCGAUCUUCUCGUAUGGUAGCAACGGUGUCCGGAUCUCAACAGGAAGGCGAAGUUCAUGCCCAAACAAGAGUAGAGCCGGGGAAAAUCCGGUCGACGAAUGCACGGAGGAGCGGUAUGCAAGCAAGCAUUGAGGCAGGACAUCGUCCCAGGUGUUCUCCGGUGCGUUGUGCAAAAAGGCACGGAGAAGAUGCUUGAUGGUUCGGUUGGUGCGUUCCACCAGUCCAUUCCCUUGUGGAUGAUAAGGCGUAGUAUGGGUCUUUCGAAUGCCGAAAGCAUUGCAGAUGUGAGAGAUAAGAAGACUCUCGAAAGCAGCGCCUUGAUCAGAGUGUAGAUAAAGAGGGGCACCAAAACGGGACACCCAGUUGUCGAUGAAAGCUCGCCCGAUCGUCAGGGCAUCUUGUUGCUGCAAGGGGACUGCUUCGCACCACUUGGUGAAAUAGUCGACCAUGACAAGUAUAUAACGAUUCCCGCGUCUCGAUGUUGGUACUGGCCCAAUGAUGUCGACUCCAACUCGAUGAUUAGGGGCUUCGGUCAGCAUAGGUACUAGGGGUGCUCGGGGAGUUGGCUUAGGCUGUUUGAUCUGCGCACAUAUAGCGCAAUU